AUGGCCACAACAGAGAACCAAGAGGCUUCUAACAGUGACCCAGUAUGCCAAGAAAGAAGCUUGCUGGUCUCUACCUUGCAUCAGAUCACGGAGUGUCUUGAAUCAACGGUUGGUGAGAGCAAAGAUGUCUUUCAAGCCACACAAGACGUCCAUAACUACAUCAGCCUGGAUAACCCUAAAGGCAUCAGACAACUGUUUGCCCCUAUGGCUGUGUACGCUCGGGCCCUGAGUACCCUGGGAUACAGAACAUGGCAGGAGGUGGAGGGUUGCGUGUCAAAGCAUUACAGAAUUGAGGCCGUUCAACAAACGGUCGAAGAUCUUCUGAGCGCUGAAGAGAGUUACAAGAACUUGGUUUCCACAGUAGAGAUCGAUCUGGAGAAGUAUGAAACGAAGCAAGCAUACAAGAAGACAAUCACAGCUGGUGACUUUCUCCCUGCUGAGCUGACACUCUCGUUAGUGGAUGGUAGUAUUCCUACAUUGGAGAGCUACUUGAAAAGACACCUGCAUGCCUUCAAGGAGCAGCUCUUGCGACUGGAGGGACUGGGUUGUCAAGUGGUGGUGGUGGCGAGGGGAACGGCAGAAAGUGCUGAAAAAUGGUUGGAAUACACUAAACUCACGUUUCUUUUACUGCUGGACUUUGAUCUAAAACUUUAUCGACACUUUGGCCUGCGGCGAUCAGUGUCAGCUGUGUGGAGUAUCCCUACCCUGUUGUCGUAUGCCGAGGAAAAGGUGGCAGGCGUGCCUCCCGCCCCCUCUUACCCUGGCGAUGAUAUCCAUGUGCUAGGCGGAGAUUUCAUUGUAGAUAGCAGAGGACAAUUGGUGUAUGCUUACCUAAGCAAGUUCUCUAGUGAUAGGCCUCAACUUGAUGAUGUUUUUGAAACUAUUGUUCAGCUUGGUUAG